UUCUGUGUCACUACGACAGGAGGAGUCGACUUUCGGUAGUGUGACGUCACGCCUUGCUCAGCAGAAGAGCCCCUGCCAGAAACUCAUGGCUACAGAUGUGCAGCCUGGGAUUUAGCGACAAAGCGCGGACUGAUGGAAAACACAGGACGUCAUGAAAGAGACUGACACAGUGGAAGAGGAGAAAGAUGAAAAUUGGGUUGUCAAUGAGGAAAAUGAGGAGGAGGCUCCAAUGAGGCGUAGUUUCUCGGUUGAAGACCUCCUUGAUGAGGUGGAGAAAAUCUGUUACGAUGCCUCAGGGACAUCAAAGGUGGAGAUGGUGGUUAGGCUCUGGAAGGAUGGCUUCACUGUCAACGACGAGGAGUUUCGCAGCUACUCUGUACCAGAGAACCAAGACUUCCUAGAUGCAAUCAAGAGAGGGGAGCUUCCGGCAGAGUGGGAGAGCAGAGCAGAGGAGGAGGAACUGGAGAUCAGCGUGGAGGAUCUGACAGAGGAAAAUUACGUUCCUAAGAAGAAGAUAUUUCACCCGUUUAGUGGCCGAGGAUACCGGCUUGGCAGUGUUGCUCCCAGAGUAGUGGCCAGGUCACCAUCUGUGCACGAGGAUGGAGAAUCUCCUCCUAUUCCCAUGGUAACACUAGACCACGCCCUUCCCGUUACCUCCCUGCAGAUCUGGUUGGCCGAUGGCAGGAGACUGGUGCAGAGGUUUAACCUAUCGCAUCGCAUCACUGAUGUCCAUGACUUUGUGGCGCGCUGCCAGAGGAGCUGCCCACCUUUCAUCCUGACUACAUCGCUUCCCUUCCGGGAGCUCAGCGACAAAGAGUUGAGCGUGGAAGAGGCUGACCUGGCCAACGCCGUCAUCGUCCAGAGACCCCUGAACACACAGGCGCCGUUCGGACACUCCUAAGCCCCAGAACCCGCACAGCAAGCCGUUUUUUCCCCCCGCACGGACACAUCUUCCAUUUCUCCCCGAUAACAAUCGCAAAGCCUCUUAUGACUUAGAAUACUUAUUUAUUCAGCGCAGGCUGCUGCUUUGGGUAUUUGUUAUCUCCCUCCGCAGCCUCUGUGUGGGAUUGUAGUAAUAAUGGAGAUAUUGUCUGUCGGUUUCAAAGGUGCUGUUGAGGUGCUGUUGUCGACGCUUGUACUUAUUUCUCCUUACUCCGGAGGAGAGUGUUUACCUGCCAACACAUCUCCCUGAGCCCCAAAGAAACAGAAAAGGUGUCGAGGUAAAUGAAUUGUGGAGCCCAUGCAGAUGGUCAACCAUGUGUGCCCAUCUGUUGCCCCCCCCCCCCCCCCCCCCCCCCCCAUCCUCCUCUCCAACACACACACGCACACACACACACACACACACACAGGACGGCCACGACUUCAACCAACUCUCUAAAGUCUUCCCAAACUGUGAACACUACUUCUCUGCACUAUUUAUAGUAAGAACUAGGGGUUUAACAAACAUAACUAAUGCUUCUUAAACCCAACUAUUAAUUUUAUUAUUGUUUGUAAUGAUAACUAAUGAUGAGCUUGACUGUUUUAGUGUUCUUUGUGAACAUUUGCCUUGUUUUAUGGUGGGAAUAUUGGAGAUUUUAAACAACAAAAGUGUGUGUUUUGUGGGGGUCGUUUGCUGGAGUCAGACAUAACACAUAUCAAGGCACAAUAAAAAAAACUCCUCAA